UUCCGGCGCCCGGGACCACGGGGCGGAAGCGAAAGGAGGCACAGUCUCCGUUGUCGUCGUUAGUCGCUGCCUUCACCGCUAACGUUCUCCUAUGAGUUCCUGAGACCAUGGUGAAAUGUUGCUCGGCCGUUGGAUGUGCCUCUCGCUGUUUACCAAAUUCCAAGUUAAAAGGACUGACAUUUCACGUAUUCCCUACAGAUGAAAACAUCAAAAGAAAAUGGGUAUUAGCAAUGAAAAGACUUGAUGUGAAUGCUGCAGGCAUUUGGGAGCCUAAAAAAGGAGAUGUGUUAUGUUCAAGACACUUUAAGAAGACAGAUUUUGACAGAAGUGCUCCAAAUAUUAAACUGAAACCUGGAGUCGUACCUUCCAUUUUUGAUUCCGUAUCUCACUUACAGGAACAUAGCUACAGUGUGAUGGACAGCCCAAAGAAACUUAAGCAUAAAUUAGAUCAUGUGAUCAGCGAGCUAGAGGAUACCAAGAAAAGUCUGCAGAAUGUUCUAGACCGAGAAAAACGUUUCCAAAAAUCAUUGAGGAAGACAAUCAGGGAAUUAAAGGAUGAAUGUCUCAUCAGUCAAGAAACAGCAAAAAGACUGGAAGCUUUCUGUUGGGACUGGUGUCAGGAGAGCAUAGAACAAAACUAUAUUUCAUGAAAUAAUCUCAUGUUAUGUUCUACUUAAAAUUGGUAAAAUUGAUAUUGGCUUUUAAGGAAAUAAUUCUCAUUUACCAUCAUUAAAUAAUGUCCAUCAUUCCAUCAUUUAGAGUGCCCUUUGGGUCCUCUGCAGCCUGAUGCACUAGAGUUAUUAUCCAAAGGCUUUUUUUUUAAGAUAUACAUAAAAAUUUUGUGCUAGUUAUCAUGUUUUGGAGUAAUUUGUGAGAGUUAUGUUUUUAUAGGCCUAAACUAUAUGGGCUUCCCUGCUGGCUCAGAGAUGAAGAAUCUACCCACAUUGCAGGAGACCUGGGUUCAAUCCCUGGGUUAGGAAGAUCCCCUGGAGAAGGAAAUGGCAACCCACUCCAGUAUUCUUGCCCAGAAAAUUCCACGGACAGAAGAACCUGGCGGGCUACAGUUCACAGGGUCACAAAGAGUCAGACACUACCGAAUGAUGAACACUUUGAGACCUAAACUAGUGCCAGGUCACUAUUUUAAAAUGUUAAGAGAUCAAGAAAAUUCUGUAGGACUAAGGAAAUGAUUUUAGAUCAGCUACAUUAAGCUUUUAGUCAAAAGUGGACACUUCAGCAGCAUCAGAUUUUUGGCUUCAAAGGAGUAUCUUUGCUUAUAACACAUGUCCAUCUAGAAUCCAAUUCAAGGUGCUUUUAUUAUCAGUAAUACCAAAAGUUGUUUUUACAAGGCAUCCCAUGGUAGUAACCUUGAGAACAACAUAUGGUGCAGAUCUUUUGGCUCUUCAGGUUGUUCAGAGCCAAGUUAAAACCCCUGAUGAGGUCUUAUUUUUUCAAUACGGUACAUCAUUCUCCUCACUAGGAGCACUUUGAUGUAAACCAGCAUUGCUUUAACAAAUUUUUAAAGAGGAUCAUAAAUCUGAUUUUUAAAUGGUUACUGACAGUUCUUCUGAACAUUUUGUUUCAUGACUGUUAUUUCAUCGUAAAGGUAUAUCUUCAAAAUCUGAAUGCCGGUAGUAACUGGAUACUUUUAAUGCUGUUUUGUAUUUUACAGAAAGUAGUAUUACUAACAUUUUUUAAGGUAAAAAAUACAGAAGAAACCAUUUAAAAUAAUGAUGUGGCUCUUCUAGUUAAAAUAGGAAUUAGAAAGAGGGUUAUAAUAUUUUCCUUUAAUUAGGAGACAAGAUUGCUAUCUGAGAUUUCAUUUAGAGAAAUAGAUAAGUAACAAUUUUAGAAUAACUUCUUACUGAAUUUACAGAUGAAUAACUUUUAGUUAUUUUCUGACUGAUCCAAGAGUCAGAAAUUUAUCUCCUGAUUUCAUAGUAAAAACAACUGAAAUGAGUCAUAAAUACUGUGCAUUAAAUAAAAAGUACUAGCCCCAAAGCAAAUGCUACUUUGAAGCAUAUGUAUAUACAUAAGCUCCAUUCAUAUGUCUGUGCUAUAAUAGUUAGAAUUUGAAUAUCAGUUAUUUCAGUAUGUUAACUAGAAAUGAACUGCAUUUUGUGUUAAAACAUUCAUUAUAAUUUUAUUUGUGUUAUAUUAAUAUCAGUAAGGAUACAGUCACUUGAAUUUUUUAUAUUCAAGAAAUAUAUAAUACAUGUUGUAUUUUUAUGUAUGAUUCCAAAUCUUCCCACUAAAUGGGAUUUUACCCACAUUUGAAAGAUUAGCAUUAUGCUAAGAAAUCAGUGAGGUGCUAUGUUUUUACUACCUUUAAAGUGUUCUUUAGCUACCCUUUAUUUAUUUGAGUUAUUUAAUUUUCCAUUUAUGCUGGACACGCUAAUGGAAGUUUGGGUAUGAUCUUAGGUUUCUAAAGUCAGUGGGCAAUGGAGAAAAAUAAAAGGAUAGAUCCAAACACUGCAUGUCCAAAUUCUAGAUCUCUCCUGGCUGCUUAAAAUAAAUCAAGCCCAGUAGACCUUUCCAAGAGUCAGUUCCCAGUUUCUGCCACUGUCAUCACAGUUACCACAGUCACUUUUAUUACUGGUGUUCUGUGUUCACAGUGAACUAAGAUUUUGUCUUCUUUUUCAUUGGUCUUAGUGUCAUUGAGGAAGAGUGAGCUGUGGGCAAAGUAUUGGUAUCGUCAAGAAUCCAGAGCUGCCCAUUUGCCCUUAUGGAGAAAGGAUUGCCAGUAGAAAUGUGACAUGAGUAGAGUCCUCCCCACCUUCCAUCCAGGCAGAUGCCUGAUCAUGUGCAUACCUCAGUUCCCUAGCUCAGAUGUAAAGAAUCUGCCUGCAAUGCAAGAGACCUGGGUUCAAUCCCUGGGUCACGAAGAUCCCCUGGAGAAGGAAAUGGCAACCCACUCCAGUAUUCUUGCCCAGAGAAUCCCAUGGACAGAGGAGCCUAGUGGGCUAUAGUCCAUGAGAUCGCGAAGAGUCAGACACGACUGAGCAACUAACACACACACACACUGUUCCCAGAGAUUCCAGCUUAGCCUGAGGAUGAGCCAUCCUGUGCAAAACAGAGCUAGGCACCUUCACCCCCAUCCAGAGGAUCCUCAAGCAGCCAAGGUCAACCUAAGGGUUUCACUUUGCUUUCAAGCUUACAAUAGCCUCUGGAUCCUGGAGCAAACCAUUACACCAGUUCAACCUCAGCACCAAAUCAGGUACAAUGGACUUGAUACAGUGUUUUUCUCAUAUCAAGUUCAAACCUCUGGAAAUAGACUUCAGUUGCUAAAAGAUAAUUAUACCAUUGUCAUUAAUUUGAGAAAGAUGAAAUUAUUAAUAUUUAUAUAUAUUUAGUCUUAAGAAUAUAAAAGAAAUAAUUGAGGGUAAAGAAUCCAUUAUGUAUUUGAAAAAAUAAAAUAUUUUUACUAGUAAUGUGCUCUAUGUGGUUUUUAUACACUCAGUUGUUCAAUAAAAUGAGCAG